UGCGUUACAUAAGUCACCAGCUCUUCCACUCUGAUCAAGGGACCAGCAAAGAUUAAACGAAAGGGUCCUCAUAAAGGAAACCAAGGGCAGCCGGCUUACAGAGGCUGAGCACUUCCGCCCACAAGGAAGAUGGGCGCGUCUGCAGAGCACGUGGCCUGCGCCCUUCCUGCACCAUAAUCAAAAUGGCAUCGCCCAUCAAACCACGUGGUGUGAAUCCCUUCUGCCCGCAAACAAGAUGGCACUGCCACGUGGUGGCAGGGCUGGGGAAUUAUGGGCUGCGAGGAACCCGUCAUAAUGUGGGCAUGGCGGUGCUCAAUCAGCUGGCCCAGAAGUUGAAAGUCGCUGACCAGUGGAAAGCGGACAGACGCUGCUGUGCAGACGUGACCAUCACUAAUGUGGAGGAAGCAGAGCUGGUGCUGAUGAAACCUCGGCGGCUCAUGAACAUCAAUGGACUCAGUGUAGCAAGCGCUGCUGAAACUUACAACCUCGGGGUAGAAGACAUUUACCUGGUGCACGACGACCUGGACAAGCCUCUGGGGAAGAUGGCGAUAAAGCUGGGAGGCAGCGCAAGGGGGCAUAACGGGGUCCGUUCCUGCAUCAGCUCCCUGCACUCGGAUUGCAUGGUGCGGCUCAGGGUCGGCAUCGGCCGGCCGGUGGGGGAAGCCCUGGUGGAGCGCUACGUGCUGGGCCGGUUCACCAGCGCUGAGCACGAGGUCCUGCAGCGCGUCCUGGAGCAGGCGGCCGACCUCCUGCUGGAACACAUCCUGCAGAGGAGCAGCGGCAAGGACCACACGCCCCCUGGCGGCAAGGGGGACCGGACACCUCAUUAACCCUUUGAGCCGGGGGAGUUUUUAUGAAUAUGGUGCCGAUGGAAA